UCUUUAAGUUCGCCCUCUGUCGAGCGUUUCAUUCACAGCUCAGAACUGUCCUUGGUGGUUUAGUCACUACUGGACGUCCUAACCGCAGAAAAGUAGGAAGAAACGUCAAAAUGGUGAAGAUAUCGUUUCAACAAGUAACUGUACAGAAGCCGGAAAAGGAGAACGAUGGAGACAAAGAGGAAAUUCACAUGCCUUACUCUCACAAGGAUGAGUUGGUGCUUCCAGUAAGAUCCAAGAAGUCUCCCUUUAGUGGCCUUUGGUGCGUCGUGCUCGGCCUUGUGAUCUUCCUGUCAGGCUUGAUCAUUGCAUCUGUAUGCCUGUACAGAUACUACUACAGCCCUCAGAUCCCAGAGGAUAGUUUGUUCCACUGUCGGGUGAUGUACGAGGACCCCCUGUUCGCCCCGUUACUCGGACGGCAGGAGAUCGAGGAAAACGUUGGCAUCUACCUGGAUGAUAACUACGAGCAGAUCAGCGUGCCUGUGCCCGACUUCGGAAGCAGUGACCCGGCUGACAUCAUUCACGACUUUCACAGGGGACUCACGGCUUACUACGACAUUGCGUUGGAUAAAUGCUAUGUCAUUGAACUCAACACGACAAUCGUCAUGGCGCCCAGGAACCUGUGGGAGAUGCUUGUUAAUGUCAAGCGGGGGAUGUAUUUGCCCCAGACCUACAUCAUUCAGGAGGAGAUGGUGGUGACGGGACGUGUUCGGAACAUGCGUCAGCUCGGACCCUUCAUCCACCGGCUCUGUUAUGGGAAAGAAACCUACAGACUGAGACGCCGUAGUGGCCCAAAACACAUCGAGAAGAGAGAGACCAGGAACUGCCACAGCAUCCGGCACUUCGAGAACACGUUUGUGGUGGAGACGAUGAUUUGCGAUCGACUCCUGCUGUAGUUUUCCUCCCUUUCUCCUCAACUCUACUGAGCAAAACCCAAAAGCGACCCUUCCCCAUCUGUCCAGCUUAACAGCACUUUAUCAGCAUGAUAAACCUGUACAUAACGUUACAAACUGCCAUCUUUGGUACGUGUUGUUUUGUCUCUGUCUAAAUUAUACUAUGAAGUUUUGAUUUGCGUAUCGUCUGUAGUUUUAUUUCACUCUCAGGUUCUUCGUUUUUAUGCUUUUCUUUUCACUGUUGAGGUUUCCUCCAAAAUAACUGAGGUUAGUCGUAGACGUUGGCGUGCGCAUUUGCGUCUUUUCUUUUUUUAAACCUGUAAAGCCUCGGUUUAUGUAGACUGACGGCAGUUCCUGUGGUUUGUUUUCAUCUGUCCAGACCUGUCUUUCACUUCCUCCUGUGUUCUAGGAGAAAUCCAGCAUUAGAAAAUCGUCUUCAAUGCCAAAAGAUGUAUACCUCAUUAUUUUAGAAAUGUAUGACUUGAAGCCCGUUAUUUAAGUCAUAGCGUGGGUUUUUGAACGUGAUCUAAGCAAUAUAGGUUUUCUUUUCUUGGAUUUGCCUAACUUGUCAUCCGUUUCUUCUGUAUUAAUGUUGAUUUCACUGAGCGGUUUAUCAUGUAUUGCUCUUUAAUACGUGUGAAUAAAGUUUGUAGAAAAAUGUGAAAAACUAGCCACCGGUUUGAAGUGUUUUGUUAUCUCUUAACGCAGUGUGUCCACACUGAUCAAAAUGGGAUGUUUCUUACUGUUUUGAAUUUCAUUAAAGGUGACUCUUCUUAGACACAGAUGUGCAAAAAUCUAUUUCCUUUUUUUUUUUUUUUAUGUACGAUUCGCACACGAAAAAUUGUAGAUCCUUAGACAUCGUCCGAGUUAGACUCGUUUCAUAUUGCUUGCACUUUUUCUUAUUGUAUCAUUUAUAUGUGUUUGUUCCUCGUCCACGCACACACACUGGUGUAGCAAGUUUUUAGUCUGGAAUAAAUGAGGGAUUUGAUUUGGUGCACUCUAUUCUGCUGCUCUCGCUUUGUAAAUAAUAAUCGCUUGUAAAAUCCAUCAAUAAACUGCUGAAAAACGUA